AUGGCAGAAACAAAUUCAAUACCUGAUGCUAGCUCCACUGAUAGAUUAUUAGACGAAGAUGUAAGUCCCAAUGAUGACACUCAAGGUUCAAAAAAUUCAAAUAAUUCCAAUACUGAAGAGGAAGAUCCCUUGAUGGAAGACCCAACUAACUCAGGUACAAUCCAAUCCACUGCAUUACUCCCAACUGAUCAAAGAACUUUAAUUCAAUCUAUUAGAUCAAAUGAAUCAAUGAUCGAAGAGGCUGCUCACGUUAGAAGAUGCUUACCAUGUUGGAAUUAUGGAUCAGAUACAACUCCCACACAACCUGCACCAACUGAAGAAUUAGAUGAAGAAAGUAGACCAAGAUCAAGUUAUACUAUUCCUGGCUCAGCAUCCCAACAACAACCAAAUACAUUUGGUCCAAUUAUCAAUAAUUUUCUUUUAGAAAUGUUAGAACGUUGGUUAAUAAAAUAUAUUAGACGUCAUUAUAACAGCCCUUAUUUCAUCGUUGCUGUUAGUGUUUUGAUAAUCAUUACCACUAUAACAGUUUUGAUUUUAGCACUUACUGGUAAUUUAAAUGGUUUGGUGCAUUUCUCAAAAUUUUUUUUAUGUGCUUUACUUCGUCAAUUUCAACCUUCAACAGAAUUUGGCUUUUGUUCAAGAGAUAACACGGAUGAACCUGAAAAACCCUGA